AUGCCAAUUCAAGCAGCUUCAUCGUUUUCCGCCCUACCAUCGGUAGCAUCGAAUGUGUUCUCAUCGUUUUCGAAACGUAUAACGGGAAUAUCAAGUCGUGAGACUACACCAGGUUAUGAAACGUCAGCCGCGGAUCCAAAUGGAAAUUCCAAUCAGCAACAACAAUAUCAAUAUUCCGCCGCAAAUCAACCACCACCUGAUCAACCAUUCUAUGCCCCUCCUCCACUUGCGACUGAAUCUACCGGAGCUGCUUAUGGUUUUCCCUCAGGACUAGAUCCUACAGCUAAUCCAAAUAUACCACCAGCUGAACCACCAAAAUUCUAUACACCAGCUGAAAUACCACAGGCUCCACCAUCGGCAGCCGCUGCACCACCACCCUCCUCGGCAGGGGGACAAAAUAAUUUCCGUUUUUCGGCAAAGAAAAAACUUUACGCUCCCAUACCAGGUCUAUCGGAUCAACAGCAACAACAACCUGGUCAAGCAGCACUCUUUCAACCUGCAGCACCUUUACCAGGUGCUAUACCACCAGCACCAUUUCCCUCAACGGAUCCCUAUAGUCAAACUCCCACAUAUCCUACGGAAGAACGUAAAUCUGAAGAACGUAAAGGUGGUCUCUUCUCGAAAAUCACCCAACUUGCUCCCGCUGGUGUUCUACAAAAUAUAACGGGAUUAGUGCAAUCGGCAGCUGGUACCAUAACCCAGACCAUAAACCCAAACGCCGGAUCGCAGACCCCAAGUGGAAAUAAUUACGAACAACAGUAUCAACAGCCACAAGGCGGUAAUUUUGGCAUACAAUUUGAUCAGCAGCAGCAACAACAACAGGUUGGAGUGGGAUAUCCUUUGCCACCACCACCGGCCACAAAUUAUUUUGCAACUCCCAACUAUUCUGGAGAACCCCAGGCCAAUUAUACACCUCCUCCACCGGCAACAGGUGAAUCGGCAAAUAACCAGGCUAUUCAUCCUCCUCCUGCUGCCAUCCAGCCUGUGGCAUUUUUCAAUCCCCAACAGGCAGGAAGCGUUCCACCCAGUGGUCCAAUAAACUUUUUCAAUCCCACUGCGGCACCACCAAGUAUUUUUGAUCCCUUCAAGCAAGCGGAAAGUGCCACAGCCUCCCAGCCUACUCAGGGGGCUUCUACGGUUUUAAGCAGCAGGCCUCCCUCACAGCCGGGACAACAGCCUCCACCUUCCGCUUCUUCUGUGCCAUUGUUCACUCCAUCCACUGAUAACCAGUCUGGAGUAAACUUUUUCAAUACCUCGGCAGCAGCAGCUCCACCAACAAUAUUUGAUCCCUUCCAACAAAAUAGCAAUUCAGCUGAACCAACCCGUCCAGCCAGGCCAUCAUCUAGACCCUAUAACACCUACAGUGAGGCAGUUCCACAGGCAUCUUCAGAUCAACAGCAAUUGAGACCACCAUCUGCUAGUAGCCAACCUCCAUCUCAGGUAGAUCAAUCGGCAACUUCGGAUUCGAUUACACAACCCAUUCCUGAGGGACAAACAUCUGCGCCACAGCCAACUGUGCAAUUUUUCAAUCCCUUACUGGUUCCAGCUGUUAGCCAGCCAUCGUUGACACCAACCUCUAGUUCAGCUGAAACUCAACAGCCUUUGAGACCACCAUCAAAUCAAGCUCCCACAUUAUCCGAUAAUUCAGCAUCACAAGUUCCAGCUACUUCUGAACAGGCCAACCCAACUCCUGUUCAAUUUUUCAAUCCUUUGCAGGUUCCACCAACAUCCUCAACUUCAUCUACUGGAGGUCAACAGCCAUUGAGGCCACCUUCAACAUCGGAAGUCAAUCCAACUGGUCAAUCGGCAGCGGCUAAUCCAACUCCUGUACAAUUUUUCAAUCCUCUGCAGGCUCCAUUGGGAAUUACACAACCAACAUCAACCACUGCAGCUCAACAGCCUUUGAGGCCUCCAUCAAAUCAAGGUCCCACACUAGGUCCUGACAAUUCAUCAUCACAAGUUCCUCAACAGGCAACAGCUGCAGAUUCAACACCUGUUCAGUUCUUCAAUCCUUUGCAAGCUCCAAUUGGAGUUCCACAACCUCCACAAACUGCUAUUCCACAGCCAUUAAGACCACCAUCUUCAAAUCAAGUUCCACAAACAUCAGAUCAGGUCUCCCAGCCACCAUCUUCCGCCCAAGCCGCGCCAGUUCAAUUCUUCAAUCCCUUACAGGUUCCCUUGGGAGGGCAUCAAGCACCCCCAACAUCAUCCCCAGCUCAAGAACCAUUGAGACCACCAUCAGCAUCAAAUCAGGAACAGCCACCAAUAACUUUCUUUAAUCCACUUCAACAACCCACAACAGGAGUUGUUCCACCAGUAAAUUUCUUUAAUCCUCUACAGCCAAGUUCCGCUCCUGCUACUCAACCACCUGCAGGAUUCUUUGAUCCAUCUCAAGCCCCUCAAGCAACACAAUUUUCUGCACCACCAACUACUGGAGGUUCUACACUACCUCCGCCAAGUGGAAGUUCUGCAUUAGCCCCACCAGCAACUGGAGGAUCGGCAUUACCCCCUCCACCUUCCGGUUCCACAUCAUAUCGUUUACAGAAAGGCACCAAACUCUAUAAAAAUCCAUUAACAAGCCAAGAAACAGCUCCAGCUCACACCCUACCCAAUCCUGUGUAUGGAGUAGCAGGUGGAUUUGCCACUGGACCACAAACAUUUAAUCAAAAUUCGGUACCACCACAGCCAUCAACUCAGUAUCUCUAUCAACCCUACAAUCAAGGUUUCCCUGGCCCAGCAUUAACUCAGGUGGCCAAC